AGAAGUCAGUCUGUGCAUGGGACACAGUCGCUUUUCAGAAUGGGUAGAGGAUAUAUUGUCGAAGAGGUGGUGGAGAAAUAUCUUGCUAAUCUUCAAGCAGCUGUUGGAACGUGUCUCACAGGAUUGCUAAUUGGCCAGUGUUCUCUGCAACGAGAUUUUGUGGUGCUGGCGGUGCAGACACCUCACAGAGAGUCAGAGGGCCAGUCUGAGAGCAGAGGUGCAAGCUCACUGGAUGCCAUUGAUAUGGAAUGGGUUACAGAGCAUGCCAGGCAAGUCUCCAGGAUGUUACCGGGAGGACUGUCAAUUCUUGGUGUGUUUCUGAUCACCCCAUCUGACCUGGCGAAAGAAGCUCAAAAUACAUUAAGGAGGUUGGUCUUUGCAAUUGAAAAGCAUGUAACUAAAGGAAGAUUGUGGGAUCUCUCUGAAGAUGAUGUAACUGACAGAGUGACCUUACACAUCUGUUCCAAAACUAGAAAAGCUGUCUGCAAAACAUUCGAUGUGAAAGAUCCAAAGUGCUCUGCCAAGCCAGCUGAUUGGAAAUAUCAGUCAGGGGCCUCUCUUUCAUGGCCAAUGCUGACCUGCUCUGUGGAACUGGGCCUACACAUACCUGUGACAGGGACCUCCUUAGAAAAUAUGGACAGAUGUAUGAAGGAUGGACUGAAGACAUGGGCCCAGCAAAUUGGGGCUGGAAUUUGUCUUCUAAAUGGCAAGCAGUUGGCAGAUGAAGCAGACCUCAUACCUGGAGCAAAAAAGAACACAAAGAUGACUCAGCAGACGUUUCGGGCACAGAUCCUUGUAUCAGCGAUUGAUCCACAGGGAGACCAGAGGUCCACUGCCUUAGUUCAGGCCUGUAGUGGUUCUUUGACCAUCAACGGCACAGUCCACUGCAGAGCCUACAUCCACACCAACAAACCCAAAGCUAAACAAGCCAUAGAGGCUCUGAAGAGAGACAUAAUGAACACAAUCUUUUGUAGAGCAGAGAUGCUUCUGGAGGAUCUUUUGAUGAAUGAAGGAGAAAGCAAAGGUCCUGCCAGUGGACAGCAGUCUCUCCCUCACAGAGUCUUUGCCCCUUUGCCUGGCACUGGCCUGUGUGUGUGUGACUACAUGUUCCCUGAUGAGACCACUGCAGAUGUGGCUGAACGCUUUAAAGAGAUGCUGGACAGGGACACAGCGGAGGAGGAGAUCGACACCAGCCUGGAGCCCAGUCAGGCUCAUGCAUCAGUUUCCUCAGGAGUGGCAGAGAAUACACCAGAUGGUCCUCUGUUAGACAGCCCUCACUUAACCCCCACUGACGCUUCCAAAAGCCAGGGAACCUUCCAGCAUUAUGUUGGUGCUGCAGUGGCUGCUGGGAUUGCUCUUCUAGUCACAGCUACCUCCCUGCUUUAUCUCAGUGACUAAUGACAGUGGUACAAAAACACAUAUAAAAUUAGCCCUCCACACAUUGCCUUUGAAUAUACACACGCAACGCGUAUACACACACUCAGUUUGAUCACAUGAAAUGGUCUUAAUUAUAAUAGUUUAAUCAAGUGAUAAAUACUCUGGUAAAUAUUGUCCAUUGUCUAUGAAAAAAACAAAUCCAAUUAAAAAACAAAUCCAAUCUAUUUAUUUUUGUUUCUCAGUCUCAAUAGAUUGUAUGUAUCAGUCAAUCUUGCUGCUUUGAUAAACAUUUUACAGUGUUUAAAGCAGGUUAGAACAUGUCAUUGUACUCUAAUACUAUUUUCCUGUAUAGAUGGGAGUUCUGUUCAUUAAACUUGUUGCAUAGAACAGUUAUAUGGCUGAAUGAGUGUUGUUUGAUUUGCAUCAGUUGCUGUAACUGCCGUUUGAACUCUGUUUGUGUGACCCCAUAGAAUUUCAUUAACUUUCCUCACGUCAGGACACGUCAACUGUGCCAAAAAUGUGAGAGUCUCCUGUGUCACUUUCAAAGCAGUGCAUUCCCGAUUCAA